AUGACCAGACAGCAACUAAAGAAUGCUGGUAAACUUAUGAAGAAGACUUGUAUGCCAAAGAACAAUGUUACUGAAGAACAAAUCGGUGAAAUAGAACAAGGAAAAUUCAUAGAGGACCGAAAUGUGAUGUGUUACAUCGCGUGCAUUUACACAACGACGCAACUUGUUAAAAACAACAAACUUAGUCACGACGCGGUGAUUAAGCAAGUUGACAUGAUGUUUCCGCCGGAAAUGAGGGCCUUGGUUAAGGCUGCCGCGGUUAAUUGUAAAGAUGUCGGUAAGAAUUAUAAAGACAUAUGUGAAGUUUCCUACUGGACUGCGAAAUGUAUGUACGAAUUCGAUCCUAAAAAUUUUGUUUUCCCCUGA